GUCCCACUCUGAGCCACCUCCAUUAGAGGAUCAUACACCCCGAAUUGCAGCGCCGCCAGCAUCAGGUUCGACUUGUGCAUUCCCAGCUCCAGCAGAACUGCCGCCGCGCACUCCUUGUUCUUCGGGCUCCUCCCCUUUCCGAUGAUCCCCACGAUGGUUUCCACGAAUUUCAGGCUCCCCAUCUCCUGUCUCCCCGCCGGGUGCGACGCCAGGAGCAGCAGGAUUGACAGGAUCUCGUCCACGAUGCCCCCCAGCUCCUCCUCUCCCAGGAACCGGACCAGCGGGUCCACGAUCCCCGCCUCCACCGCCGCCGCCUUGUUCUCGCGGUGGAUGCAGACGUUGAACAGGGCCGCGAUGGCGUCCUUCUUCCCGCGCACGCCGCCUUCCUCCAGGAGAUCGAUCAGCGGCCGGAUCCCGUCCCGGAACCCUAUCUCCUCCUUGUUCUCGUCCAGCGUCGACAGGCUGAACAGCGCCGCCGCGGAAUUCUCCCUCGCGCCCGCCGUCCCCGUCUUCAGGAUCUCGAUUAUCGCCGGAAUCGGCCUCUCCUCCGAUAUCGCCCUCUUGUUCGAUUCGUCGAUUGAGAGGUUGAGUAGCGCCGUGACGGCGUGCUCCCGGAUCCUGAAAUCGGGUCGGGUCAGCAAUUGAACGAGGGGAGGGAUUCCGCCGCACUCGGCGAUCGACACCCGAUUCUCCGCGCUCUCCUUGGAGAGGAACCGGAUCUCUUCCACCGCCUUCAGCUGUUCUUCAGGAUGGUCCGAUGACAGAUCGUCGACCAGAGGUUGAAGGCGACUGUUCUUCGGAGAGGAUUUCCGGGCAUUAUUUCCCGAAUCAGAAAGGCAUUCAUGAUCAAGAUGAUGAUUACUGGAAUUAGGGAUUGGGAAGUUGUUGGCAUCACACCAUUCUUGGAUUAUGUUCUUGAGAGCAAAAUUUGGGGCCAAUAAGAGAUGGGGAAGAGAUUGCCCAGUUUUUGGACAUGUUGUGUGGUUUGAAUCAAGCCAUUGUUGUAUG